AUGUUCACUGGGAUUUCCGCCAGACGCCUGAUUGGCCUUGUUCUGUGUCGACCAGUCACUUUCCUACCAUCUCAGAGAACUCUCUUCACUUCUUCUUUGCUCAAGAAUCAGUUUGAUGAGCUCAAAGACCCUGAGGUCAAACCUCCAUCCAACAGGAACACAGCCACAUACUUUGACAUUGAUAGCUUGAUUGCAAACUCUCCAGGUCUACAGGAUACCACGACGCGCAACGAUAAGUUUGACUCUUUUGCUUUCGGCUCUUCCUUGCGUAACCCAAGAGAGGUCGCCAAGUCCAUCAACAUGUUUGGCCCACCAGCCGGCAGAUCCGUGGAUGUUCGUACUGGUCUUGCUCCAUCUUUGCUGAGUCUCAAAAAUGUUCUUAAGAACGACAAGAUCAGGGAGAUGCAGAACAUUCAGUCACGCUUCAUUCGUCCAGCUAAACUUCAGAAGAUGAAAAAGAGAAUUUGGUGGAAACAAAACUUCAGACAGCAAUUCCACUACUUGAUGAUUGAUAUCAGGGACGCCAAGAGAAGAGGUUACUGA